CCAGUGAAACACUUCAUGUGUUAAACUUGUUAAAGGGGAAGUGAUGAAGCUGAAGGCGUCUCGCUGCUGCUCAGACUGAUGUUCAGUCGUCAUCCAGACACGAUGAAGACUCCGUGUGUCUCUCUGCUCCUCGGUGUGUGUGUGCUGCUGCUGUCUGCACCGACUGUUUCUGCAGUGUCUCUGUCUGUCGGUCCAAACCUUCAGCAGUUCUUCAGAGGAUCUUUAGUGUAUCUGAGUUGUGUUGAUGAUGGACAGACAGCUGAUGGAUGGACAGUGAAGAGGACCAGAGGAGGACUCACUGAGGACUGUGGAGCAGUUCCAGGCUUUGGGGGGCUUCUUGGUUCCUACUGUGUUGUGGAUCUUUCUGCUCCCAGUGAAACCUUCUGGUGUGAGGACUCCUCUGGACAGCAGAGUGACAGAGUCUCCUUCAGUGUCCAAUCAAACACUACAGGUGUCAUCCUGGAGAUCCCUGCACUUCCUGUGAGGACAGGAAGUGAUGUCAUUCUGCGCUGCAGACAGAGGAAUGGUGCCACAGUCGAAGCUUAUUUCUUCAUCAAAGGAAGUUCUGUUGGUCAUAAACCAGAGCACAUCAUCACUAACAUCACGCAGGCUGAUGAAGGUCUCUACUGGUGUUCUACUGAUGAGGGUGGAAACUCUCCUCAGAGCUCUCUGAGGGUCAGAGAUCCUCAUACAAUCAUCCAUCCUCCUCCUCCUCACUAUCCUCCUCCUCCAAGCACCUCCACAAACUUUGCUCCUCCUGUAAAAACUACCCUUACGUGUCCCCCUCCUCCUCCUCUCCCAGCAUCCACCUGUCCUCCUCCUCCUCCCUCUCUCCUGGUCCCAGUUGUAGCAGGUCUGGUCUCUGGGGUUCUCCUGGUUCUGGUUCUGGGUGGAGUUCUGUUCCUCUGCAGUAAACUCAAAGGAGGUCGGGGAGCAGACCUGUGGAGCUCUGGAGGUGACGGCUGUCUGAGACGGAGCGUCUGCCUCUGCUUUUCAGGCCUGUUUCUGCUGACUGCUGCAGGUGAGCUGAUGUUCCUACACCUGUCUGUCCUCAUCAUGACCUCUGACCUUUGCUGA